GACAGGCAAAUCGCGGAUCCGGGGCCGGGCAGCAGCGGUACGGCGGAGAAGUAUUUGUGAAUUACGGACAGCUGGAGCAGUUGGGAGUUGUUAUAUGCCCGUCUACCGCCAUAAACAGCUGUCUGUCACUUCGUCGGAGGUCUGUGGUCGUCGUUAGUGUAAUGGAGGUGGACAAAAUGGAUGAAAACGACUGGAAGUAUCACGGAGAGGGAAACAAGAGCUUGGUGGUCUCACACGUACAGCUUUCAAGAGUUCUGCGUCUGCUCAAGUAUCCAGCUGAGGACUCUGAAAACCCUCCACAAACACCAGAGCAGGCGUUCAGGCAGCUCCAGAACAUCGUUGACUUCUGCUCCAAUGUAAUGAGCAGACUGCUGGGAGAGGAGUUCAUCCACAGUGGGGAGGUGGUCAAACUGCCUCUGGAGUUUGUACGACAGUUGUCAAUCAAAGUUCAGCAUCACAGACCAGUGUGGCGCUGUGACAAGGUGAUGGACAUCUACAGUGGCUGUGCUCUGUGUCUGCCCAACCUGACAUCUCCACUUCUACACCAGCCAACACACACUCCUCCACUCUGCAUUGAGAUAAAGCCCAAGUGUGGAUUCCUGCCAUCUUCCAAACUAGUCAGUAAAGAAGUCAAGACCAAAGUGUGUCGUUUCUGCAUGCACCAACACUACAAGGUGGCCAAUGGAAAGUGGAAGAGACGCAGCCUAUACUGUCCUCUGGACCUGUUCUCAGGGAACAGACAGAGAAUGCACUUUGCCAUCAGACACCUCAUAGAAGAACCACAAAACAACUUCAAAAUUUUCAAGGGUGGUCAGUGUAUUUACAGCAGUAAGGAGGGCAGUGAUGACUCACCAGACCUGAAUUCUCUCCUGCAUCACCUCAGACCGUACGUCAUGCAUGGGAACAACAGAAUCAACAGUCACAUGACUGGCAAGGCUGUACUCAACGACUUCAUCCAAGUUCUGGUCAACGCCCUGCUGAGCAGUAGAGGAGGAGACGCAGGAGUAGUGACAGACAGACGUGGAGAAGGGAGGAGCGCCUGUGAAGCCAGUCUAUUUAACAAGGAGAGGAUUCGCCAUGGCUCACAGGGUUUACCCAGCAGCAGUGUUCUGUCCAGGAUCCUCCAGACUCAGAUGUUGGACACUUUGGACAUUGAAGGCCUUUAUCCUCUCUACCGACGAGUAGAGCAACAUCUGCAGGAGUAUCCCAAGGAGAGAACUCAUCUACAGAUGGACGGACCGUACGACGAAGCCUUCCUGGAGAUGCUGCAGAAAUGUCAGGCUGAAGAUGAUGGUUCUGUGGAGUACGCCGCUGCUAAAGUUCAUCAGUACUGUGUUGCCAUGACAGCCAAGGACUGUUCCAUCAUGGUGUCCCUGGUUCCCUGUACUGAAGAGGAGGAGGAGGACGAUGAAGGACUCUCUGGUCAGAGGUGGCUCAGAGACUUCCUUUCCUCCAGACCCCCUGCCUUUUCCCACUCAGUCUCCAUCCUGGACCUGGAUCCAAAGCCAUUUGACAGCAUCCCACGCCAGCUGCGCCUUGACCAGAAAAUAGUUUCUUUCUACACAAAGACUGGUGGUUCCGUGCCAAAGGCCUCUUCGCUGCCAGUGCCCGGCAUCUUCAUGGCCGCAGAAAGAGAAGACUGCACACUCGUCUUCCACCCGGUGUGAAACACCAGGCUCACAAACCAGAGAGGAGAGAUUCCAUGAAGAUUCCAGAGACCUGGAAGAACUCUGGGGCUGUUUUUUCACUGCAGCACUUUCUCCUUCACUAUCAUCUCAUGAUGUCAGGUAUCACCGUCUCCUGCCUCUGGUUCCUGCCUGUUGGCUGAUAGAAAGAAAUUCUACAGGAAUUUUCCCUUAGAUAAAGAGUUUUUUUAAACAUUCUGGAAAAAAAGAGGUUACUUGAUUAUAGAGUUUGAAGUCAUGAGUCAGCCCAUUAUCUUGUCUGGGUUCAAAUGAAUCUCAUCCUCUGCGUCAUGGCUCUGACCUGUCACAGUUCAUAAUAUAAUCAAACGGAAACUAUGAACUGUCACAAUUAAUCAGAAACCACUGUGACAGAAAACAGAAGUCACAACAUCUUCCCUCAUCUCCUCACUAUAAUCACCCCUCACAUCAUAAAGUGCUCUCCUUGUAAGUGAUGUAGGAAGAGAAGCACAACACAUAUGUGACAAACACAGGCCAACAUAAAAAAGUCACUGUGGCUUCAUGGCAAUGGAGUUUUAUGAACAGGACUGAUCAUUGUUUGUUCACAAACAAGCCUUUGUUUAAAAAAAACAGCUUAGCAGCUGUCUGCUCACACUGGAAGAUGUGCAACAGGAACAUUUGUACGAGAGGACCUACACUUGUAAUUAAGUCAUAACCAUGGAACACUGGCCAUGUGGAUGGGUUGAACAAUGAUAUUAAAUUUAGAUUAAAACUUCCACUCCUUUGUGUCCUGGAAGUCCAAGUUGUACUGCAGUAACUGUAAAGGAGAACAGAUUCAUACAGUGACAGAAUCAGAAUACUGCUUAUUUAUCCCACAUUAACAAAGGGGUUUUAUUCCACUGAUGGAAGAUUACCGUGAGGAAAAGUGUGUUUACAUGACAUAGGAGAAAAAGUCAACUGUAUUCUCAGUAAACAAGAUGGCAUAUUUGUAAUGCAAAUGCAGUUUUUACUCCACUCACUUCUGGAUAUAUUACCUCUCUGGACGUUAACAUGGCAUUAGCAGACACAAAUUAGCCUUAAAAGUAAUAGGCUGGAAGGAGGAAUGUCUACAUAGUUUUAGGAUCAGCUGUAAAUGCAUUGACACAAGGUUAAUGUGGAGGCCUGAGGAAUAUUUGUGAAUAUUUCCAGAUGGGAGUGUUGCAUCUAUUUUCCCACUAAGAAAAAUCUUUAACAACAACCUUGAUCGUUUCCUGAGUCUGGUGGAGUUAGCUGUUUGUCUGUGUCAGAACCAGAACAUGCUGGUGGAGUAAGAGGAGGAGGAGUCACGAUGGGAGUUUUUGCCAGUCAAACAGUUAGCUUUCCAGUGAUGUCAGAGACACUCACUCCUAUGAUGUAACUGCAUCUACAGGUCCAGGCUUAAAACAUUACUAUGGACGUAAAAAAAAAAGUGUUUGUUAAAUUUGUUUAAAAAACC